AUGACCGCUACUCCUGCCCAUCACGUGACGCGCCUAGUGGAAGCGAAACCCAGGUUUGGCCAGCUCUGUGAACUGGCAGAACCUGGUCUUCGCUUCGACCAGGCGGGUCACGUGACGGGCAGGAGUAGUGAUGCGGCUCGCUUCAUCGUUGCGCCGAGGAUGCGACGAUAGCACUUGAUGACGAGGCCAUUGUUGAUCAAAACAAUAUGACAAGUAGGAUUGAGUGCCUGGAUCUGUUUCUCAGCAGAGUUCGUGGAGCACAAGCAAGAAGGUCUUCUUUUGUUGAGCGAGAGCACGAAAAGUGGACAGUCAGCAACCCAAGCAUCGUUUCCACCGAGACGCAGUGACUCGUGCGUUGGAGCAUACGUCGCGUCUUGCUCGCCGCAUGUAGCGGAAGAAGUUGGCGUACGGUGGCUUGAGCAUAUCGAUCGUCCUGUUCUCGCCCUACUCCCGUGGGUGGCAUCGAGCUAUCUCGGCUAGGUUUGUCGGAGGGUACUCCCAAGGCCCAAGAAUGUGGCGUCUUGCAGCAGCGGAGGUGGCGGUGCCGCUGUAGCUCGUAGACUUUGUAGUCUACCACAGAGGUUACACUGCUGUCACCGCUCUAUCACAGAGGUUGGUCUACACUGCUGUGAAAUCGGUAGGCCCGAGCGAGCUUUGGAAAGAGAAAUGCAGAUAGAUGUUCUUAUCAACUGACUCCCUGGUCAGGCUUUGAUGGGUGCUAGAUGAGAGUGAGCACAAGGGGCGAAGGCGCGCUUGUGUCUCAUCUCAACAACAAAAC